AUGAUCCAUCACCCCAAAAGCAGUCACAUUGACCCGCUAGAGAUAACUCUGAAAGAAGAACAUGCCUAUUAUUCCCACGUGGAAGCAAAGCCAAACGGAAAACCAUGGUACAAUGACAUCAAGAUGUAUUUAGAGAAACAGGAAUAUCCCGAGGACAUCACAAGUGGACAAAAGAAAACCAUGAGGAGGAUGGCUAAUAGUUUCUUUCUAAACAAGGACGUGUUGUACAAAUGGACACCGGAUUUAGGUUUACUUCGAUGCGUGGAUGCAAUUGAAGCCACAGAGCUUUUAGAAGAAGUACAUGCUGGAACUUGUGGACCCCUAUGA